GCUGCUCUGUGACAGAUGAGAUUGUUCGGGAUGGUUAUGGAAAACUCUGGAAGUUUCUGCGCGGUUUAUAAAGAAAAUCUCCUGUGCGUAGCGCUCUGAAGCGAGACCCAAGACGGACCGGGGACGUGUUAGUGAAGUCCGUAACAGCUAUUUCCGAACACCUACAACAUUUACUAAAGAGCCCACUGGAUGGUCAAAAUGGGUAAAGACUACUACGACAUGUUGGGAAUUAAGAAAGGGGCGUCGGAGGACGAUAUAAAGAAAGCUUAUCGGAAGCAGGCUCUGCGCUAUCACCCUGAUAAAAACAAGUCACCGGGAGCCGAGGAGAAAUUCAAAGAAAUCGCCGAAGCUUACGAUGUUUUAAGCGACCCAAAGAAAAGGGACAUAUAUGAUCGUUAUGGCGAAGAAGGUCUAAAAGGCGGAGGCCCAUCAGGUGGUGGUGGUGGUGGUCCUGGCACCUUCAGUUACACCUUCCAGGGUGACCCUCAUGCCAUCUUUGAAGAGUUCUUUGGUGGACGUAACCCAUUCGGACAGUUCUUUGGUGCCCGCAACGGAGGCAUGGAUGAGGACAUGGACACCGAUGACCCUUUUGCACGUUUUGGGAUGGGGGGCGGAGGAAUGGGCGGGUUCUCUCGCACCUUCAGCUCUGGUAUGGGAGGAAUGGGCGGUCACAGUAGCGUUGUAAAGAAGCAUCAGGACCCCCCUGUGGUUUACGAUCUCCAGGUGUCCUUGGAGGAAAUUCUGUCAGGUUGCACAAAGAAAAUGAAGAUUUCACGUAAGAGGUUGAACCCUGACGGGCGAACAGUACGGACAGAAGAUAAAAUCCUGGAGGUGCAGAUAAAGAAGGGGUGGAAAGAAGGAACGAAAAUAACAUUUCCCAAAGAGGGGGACCAGACACCUACAAACAUUCCAGCUGACGUGGUCUUUGUGUUGAAGGACAAGCAGCAUCCAGUAUUCAAGCGUGAUGGCUCCGACAUCGUGUAUCCAGCAAGGAUCUCGCUCAGAGAUGCUUUGUGUGGCUGCACAAUCAACGCACCUACUCUGGAAGGCAAAGCAGUGACCGUAUCAACAACAGAUAUCGUGCAGCCAGGGAUGAAGCGACGCAUUAGUGGCGAGGGGCUGCCCUAUCCCAAACGCCCUGAUCGUCGAGGUGACUUAAUAGUGGAGUAUGAGGUCAAGUUCCCAGAAAGGCUCAGCCAGAACGCCAGGGACACCAUCGCUCAGGUCCUCCCACGAUCUUAAACAAGAUCAACAGACUUCCAGGACUUAAUAAUUAUCAUAUUAUGCUGCCAACCACUUUUUUUUAUCAUCACCUGGACACUGUAAUUACAAAUUACACCAGACAGCAAAGGACAGACUCAUGGGAUGGGAAUGUCAACCAUAGUGC